AUGCUCAGCUCACUCAAUUCCCAUGACGAAGAAGACGACUCCGACCACCACCACCGUUCCCACCACCGCCACCACCAUCAUGGGUUCAUCACCCAGUCCACCCACAUCCGCGAGCUGAUGAUCACCUGCGCAGAUCUGAUCAGUCGUGGAAAUCUCCCCGCCGCACGUCAUGCAAUCUCCCUCCUUUCCACCGCCGCCUCCCCAUGUGGCGACUCCGUCGACCGCCUCGCCCACUUGUUCUCCCGCGCUCUUUCUCUCCGAGUCAACCGGCAAGCCCUCGCCGCCGCCGCUGCUGCUUCUCCCGUGCUGCCGCCGCCAGAUCCGGAUGCCCUACAGUCGGCGUACCUCAUGCUCAACCAGGUCACACCUUUCAUCAGGUUCUGCCAUCUCACCGCAAACCAGGCCAUCCUUGAGGCAGUCGAUGGUCGCCGCUCAAUCCACAUCCUGGAUUUCGACACGGCGCACGGGGUGCAAUGGCCGCCUCUUCUCCAGGCCAUAGCCGAGCGGUAUGACGCUGCAAAUCGCCCGUCAGUACGGAUCACAGGCACGGGAACAGAUCUCAACACCCUCAGCCGCACUGGCGAGCGCCUCAAGUGCUUCGCUCAGUCCCUAGGGCUCAGAUUCCAGUUCUUCCCUCUCCUCCUCCCCUCGACCGGCAUCAUGAGCGGCGUCGAUCACACUGGUAUUGAUAGUUCUUCCGGUUUCUUCAACCUCUCGGCUUUCCAGCUCCACCCGGGUGAAACUCUGGCAGUCAACUGCGUUCUCUUCCUCCACAAGCUGCUCAGGGCCGAGUCGACGGAGAUCCAGCCGUUCUUGCGGGCGAUCAAGGCGAUGAACCCGGCUGUGGUCACCGUGGCAGAGAGGGAAGCGAACCAUAACUCGCCGGUGUUUCUACACCGGUUCAUGGGGGCAGUCGAUCACUACACUGCCAUGUUCGAAUCUCUCGAAGCCACGCUUCCGGCGAGCAGCCAGGAGCGACUGACGGUGGAGCAGGUGUGGUUCGGGAGGGAGAUUGCAGAUGUGGUGGCGGCAGAGGGAGAUGAGAGGAGGGAGAGACAUGAGCGGUUCGAGCGUUGGGAGAGGGCCCUGUGGGGGGCAGGCUUCGCCAACCUGCCGCUCAGCCCGUUCUCGCUGUCACAGGCGAAGCUUCUGCUGAGGAUACACUACCCGCUGGAGGGAUACCAGCUCCAGAUGGUGAAGGACUCACUCUUCCUCGGCUGGAGAGGCAGGCCACUGUUCUCAGUCUCAUCAUGGAGGCCCUGA